AUGGAUAAGGCAAGAAUCCUACUCGUCGGCUGCGGGGGAAUAGGCUGUAUAGCAGCCCUCAACCUCGAGACCGGAGGCCGGGCUGAGGUUACAGCUGUGCUGCGCUCAAGCUAUCAAAUAGUCAAGGAGCGAGGAUUCACCAUCAAUUCUGUAGAUCAUGGCCAAAUCCUUGGCUUCAGGCCAACCGAGAUCCUACCAUCUAUUCCUGAUGCCUCCAAGUCCGGCAUCUCACCCUUUGACUACAUCAUCUGUGCCACCAAAAACAUACCAGUGAUCUCUACACUGGUGGCUGAUCUUAUACGCCCUGCCGUGACUCCCGGAUACACCACCAUCCUGCUCCUUCAGAAUGGACUUAACAUUCAAGUUCCUGUCCAGGAGGCAUUUCCGGAUAAUGUAAUUCUCUCUGGUAUCAGUAUGUGUGGUUCCUCGGAGCCAAAACCUGGCACCAUCGAACACAAUCUGCACGAUGAGCUGCGUAUUGGCCCCUUUGAAGACUUUGGCAACGCUGCUGAGCGAGCAAAGGAUCUUGUAGCACGCUUCAAUGCUGGAGGACGCUGCACUUGCCACUUCGAUGAUAACGUCACCUUCUCUCGCUGGAGGAAGCUCCUCUAUAAUGCUGUUUACAAUCCAGUUGGUGCUCUGACAAGACUGGAUACUGGCGAUAUGCAGCUUUGUCCUGGCCUCGUCGACGAGGUUAUACGGCCUGGCAUGAAAGAAAUACAAGCUACAGCCGCAGCUUAUGGACAGGAGCUUACAGAUGAGAUGAUAGAAGCAACGAUUGUGACCGAACCUAUUGAUGCCCAUGUAUCACCGAGUAUGUUGAUAGAUGUUAGAAAGGAACAGUACAUUGAGGUAGAAAACCUCCUCGGUGAACCACUUAGAGCUGCCCAGGCACGCCAAGUACCAACCCCGAUUCUUCAGAACCACUACUCUCUAGCAAGUAGUUAUCAGUGGAAGCUCCACAGCCAGAAGGAUAUUUCAGAGAUGAGAUGA